UCUAAUAAACUCAGAUGAAACCUUAUUAAAAAAUAUUUGGUUUCAUUAAAUUACAAGCCAAGUGUAGAUAAGUUUCUUUAUCAAGCCAGCAUAAUUGCUGCCAUAAAUACAGUUUUCAUAUAAAUUCAUAAGCUCCUCACAAAGUAAGUCUCUCCAGAACAGCAACAUGGAGCUGACUUAUGUUCUCCUCCAAGUGGUGGUGGCUCUUCUGGCUAUCGCCGGAUACUCCUAUUACCGCACAAUGACCUACUUCAAGCGUCGAGCCAUCCCCCACGAUCCGCCGCAUUUGUGGCUGGGCAAUAUGAGGGGAUUCAACGAAGAUCGCACCGUCAAUCAGAUCAUGCAGGACCACUACGAUCGAUUCCUGGGCACCAGGGCUCCUUUCGUGGGCUUCUACUUUUUCCAGAAGCCCGUGGCUUUCAUCAUGGAUCUGGAGCUGGUCAAACACAUACUGAUCAAGGACUUCUCGAACUUCUCCGAUCGCGGACUUUUCUACAAUGAGAAGGACGAUCCCAUGUCGGCCCAUCUCUUCAACUUGGACGGACCUCAAUGGCGUUUGCUGAGAAGCAAAUUAUCUUCGAUUUUUACAUCCGGAAAAAUGAAGUUCAUGUUUCCCACAGUUGUGUCCGUGGCCAACGAAUUAAUUUCAUUUAUUCAUGAGAAGGUAGAAUAUGAAUCUGUCCUGGAAAUCCGCAACCUAAUAUCUAGGUUUACGGUGGAUGUGAUCGGUACCUGCGCCUUUGGAAUCCAGUGCAAUAGUCUGCGGGAUGAGAAGGCAGAAUUUCUCUACUACGGCAAUCGGGUUUUACUGGACAAACGCCAUGGUCCUCUGCUGCACGGAUUCAAGUACAGCUAUCCCAAGCUAGCCAAGAGAUUGGGCUUCAUGCUGACCCCUUCGCAUAUCCAUAAGUUCUACCAAAGGAUUGUCUACGAAACUGUGGCCGUGCGCGAGAAGGAGAACAUCAGACGGAAUGACUUUAUGGACCUCCUGAUAGAUUUAAAGAACAAAAAGGAAAUAAUACUGGACAACGGCGAUGUGGUUAAGGGACUGACCAUCGAUGAAGUGCUCGCCCAGUGCUUUGUGUUCUUUAUUGCAGGCUCUGAUCCAUCUUCCGCCACCAUACAAUACGCUCUGUACGAACUGACGAAGAACCAGGACAUCCAAGACAGGGUUAGGUGUGAAGUGGAGGAGGUCCUGGAAAGGCAUGAUCAGGAGCUCACCUAUGAGUGCCUUAAGGAUCUCAAGUACCUCAGUAUGGUGGUUGAUGAAACCUCUCGACUUUACCCUAUUGCAUCGCAUCUGAUACGAAAGGCCCACAAACGCUUUGUGGUUCCAGGACAUUCGAACUUUGUCAUAGAAGCUGGUCAAAUGAUCUUCAUUCCCUCAUCUGCCAUUCACCACGAUCCUAGCAUCUAUCCAGAUCCGUUUGAGUUUCGACCCGAGCGCUUCUCUCCCGAGGAAACUGCCAAGCGAACUUCGGUUGCCUGGCUGCCCUUUGGCGAUGGUCCUCGUAACUGCAUUGGGCUGAGAUUUGGUCAGAUGCAGGUUCGCAUAGGACUGGCUUUGCUAAUCAAGAACUUCAAGUUCUCUAUGAGCUCUGAGACCCCGGAUCCACUGAUAUUUGAUCCCAGGUCCGUGACAUUCACUGUUUUAAAUGGAAUUCCUCUCAGAGUUGAGACUUCGCUCUGGAACCUAGUCAUGGAACUCACCUAUAUUCUCUUCCAAGUAGCUGUGGCCUUGCUGGCGUUGGCUUCCUACUUUAUUCAUCGCAGACUGACCUACUUCCAGCGCCAAGGAACCCCACAUGAUGCUCCACAUCUGCUGAGGGGCAACAUGGAGGGAUUCAACAGCAGCCGCACCAUUCAGGAGAUCAUGCAGGAAUACUACAACAAAUAUAGGGAGAGCAAGGUGCCCUUUGUGGGCUUUUACUUCUUCCAAAAGCCUUGCGCCUUCAUUAUGGAUCUGGAACUGGUAAAACACAUACUGAUCAAGGAUUUCUCAAACUUCUCCGACAAGGGCCAGUUUUAUAAUGAGAAAGACGACCCCAUUUCUGCACAUCUCUUCCAUCUGGAUGGACCUCCUUGGCGAUCGCUCCGAAGCAAGCUAUCCUCCACCUUUACGACUAGCAAAAUCAGGGCCAUGCUUCCGGCAGUUGUCUCUGUGGCCGAUGAGUUAAUGGCUGUGAUGCACGAGAAAGCCAAGAGGUCUUCAGUCCUGGAGAUACGUGAGCUGGUGGCCAGGUUCACCGUGGAUGUAAUCGGCACCUGUGCCUUCGGCAUUCAGUGCAACAGUCUGCGGGAUGAGAAGGCGGAGUUUCUGCACUUUGGCAAGAGAUCUCUGGUGGAUAAGCGGCAUGGUCCCUUGCUCUUCAGUUUAAUGUUCAGUUAUCCCAAAUUUGCAAAACGUUUGGGCCUCAUACGAACGGCUCCUCACAUCCAGAAAUUCUACCAACGAAUUGUUUACGAAACAGUGGCACUGCGGGAGAAGGAAAAUAUAAAACGGAAUGACUUUAUGGAUCUACUAAUUGAUAUGAAAAACCAAGAAGAAAGACUGACCAUGGAGGAAGUCCUUGCCCAGUCCUUUGUGUUCUUUAUUGCCGGCUUUGAAACAUCUUCUUCUACCAUGGCAUUUGCUCUGUACGAGCUGGCAAGAAAUCCACAAAUUCAGGACAAGGUUAGGGAAGAAGUGGAGGAAUUCCUUGAAAAACACAAUCAGUUACUUACCUUUGAGAGCACCAAGGAUCUCAAGUACCUAAACAUGGUUAUAGAUGAAACCUCUCGACUUUACACCAUUGUGCCUAACCUGGAUCGAGUGGCUCUCAAGCGAUUCGUUGUUCCUGGGCAUCCGAAGUUUGUUAUCGAAGCCGGCCAGUCGGUGGUGAUACCCUCGUCUGCUAUUCACCACGAUCCCAGCAUCUAUCCGGAUCCCUAUAGGUUCCGUCCUGAGCGUUUCUCUUCUGAGGAGUCGGCCAAUCGUCCUUCGGUUGCCUGGCUGCCCUUUGGCGAUGGUCCUCGGAACUGCAUUGGGCUGAGAUUUGGACAGAUGCAGAUGCGCAUAGGUCUGGCUCUGCUGGUAAAGAAUUUUAGAUUCUCCACAUGCUCCCAGACCCAGGAUCCGCUAGUUUACAACCCCAAGUCUGUUGCUCUCAGCGCUGUUGGAAUUAAUCUUAAUGUUGAGGCUAUCUAGGAAAUUUUGGCACAUGCGCCAU